GUCUGGGGAGCACGAGCCCGCGGGUGGCGCGCAGCGCAUGGUGGCGGCUCCUCUCGGAGCGCAGCCGACCCGCUGACCCGGGCUCCGUUUCCCCUGACCAGCGCGUCCCGGAGGCCGGCUGGAGGCCGAAACAGCAGCAGCAUAAGCAGCAGCAGCGGUCGCGGCUGCUCCGCCGCCGCCGUCUCCGCGGGAGCAUGGAGUGCGCCCUGGACGCCCAGAGCCUGAUCAGCAUCUCCCUGCGCAAGAUCCACAGCUCCCGGACCCAGCGCGGCGGCAUCAAGCUGCACAAGAACCUCCUGGUGUCCUACGUGCUCCGCAACGCGCGCCAGCUCUACCUGAGCGAGCGCUACGCCGAGCUCUACCGGCGCCAGCAGCAGCAGCAACAGCAGCAGCCACCCCACCACCAGCACCAGCACCUCGCGUACGCGGCGCCGGGCAUGCCGGCCAGCGCGGCCGACUUCGGCCCGCUCCAACUUGGCGGCGGCGGGGACGCGGAGGCGCGCGAACCUGUCGCCCGGCACCAGCUGCACCAGCUCCACCAGCUCCACCAGCUGCACCUCCAGCAGCAGCUGCACCAGCACCAGCACCCGGCGCCCAGGGGCUGCGCGGCGGCGGCGGCCGGGGCGCCCGCGGGCGGCGCGGGGGCGCUCUCGGAGCUGCCCGGGUGCGCCGCGCUCCAGCCGCCGCACGGCGCGCCCCACCGCGGGCAGCCCUUGGAGCCGCUGCAGCCGGGUCCUGCGCCGCUGCCGCCUCCCGCGCCCACCGCGCUCUGCCCGCGGGACCCUCGCGCCUCGGCCGCCUGCUCCGCGCCCUCCGCGCCCCCAGGGGCCGGCCCUCAGGCGGCUACCGCCGCCUCCCCGCCCGCCUCCCCGGCCCCCGCCUCCUCCCCCGGCUUCUACCGGGGCGCGUACCCGGCCCCCUCGGACUUCGGCGUGCACUGCAGCAGCCAGACCACCGUGCUGGACCUGGACACUCACGUGGUGACCACGGUGGAGAACGGCUACUUGCACCAGGACUGCUGCGCCUCCGCCCACUGCCCCUGCUGUGGCCAGGGCGCCCCGGGACCCGGCCUGGCGUCCGCCGCCGGCUGCAAGCGCAAGUAUUACCCAGGCCAGGAGGAGGAGGAGGACGACGACGAGGACGCGGGCGACCUGGGGGCCGAGCCCCCCGGGGGCGUCCCGUUCGCCCCCUGCAAGCGCGCCCGCUUCGAGGACUUCUGCCCGGACUCGUCCCCGGACGCGUCCAACAUCUCAAACUUGAUCUCCAUCUUUGGCUCGGGCUUCUCCGGGCUAGUGAGCCGACAGCCGGACUCCUCUGAGCAGCCGCCGCCGCUCAACGGGCAGCUGUGCGCCAAGCAGGCGCUCGCCAGCCUCGGCGCCUGGACUCGAGCCAUUGUCGCCUUCUAGGGACCCCCGAGGGCACGGGGACACGGGGCCCCGCGGGGCUGGGGCCAGACAAAGACUCGGCCAAGGGGCGAGAGGAGGGAACGAACGGGCGCCCGGCCACUCGGGGCUGAGCUGGGGGCGAGCAGAGGGAGAUGGCUGAUGUUUUAUAAAUUGUAAAAUAAAAAAAAAAGAAAUCUAA